AGGCAUGGAAGAGUUCUAAGGUUAUCAGCUGCUUUGGGCUGAGCAUCAUCAUCUUUGCCCAAGUGGAUUUAGGCUUCCAAGACAGGCCUUCAGACAGUCCAAUGGCAGACCAAAGGAUGGACAUAUCUUCUACAAUUAGUGACUUUAUGUCACCAGACCCUGCUGACUUGAUCUCCAGUUCCCUUAGCACUUCAGGAAUGGACUGUAAUAGGAAAAGAAAGGGAAGCUCAACUGAUUAUCAACUCGAUGGCUUUCCUUUUGAGGAAGGUAUGGAUACAGAUAAAGAUGACCAACAUGGAAGAUUGGAGUAUGCAGACCAACAAGGCAGGAUAAAAAAUGCAAGGGAGGCUCACAGCCAGAUCGAGAAGCGGCGCAGGGAUAAGAUGAACAGCUUCAUCGACGAGCUGGCCUCGCUGGUGCCCACGUGCAACGCCAUGUCCCGCAAGCUGGACAAGCUCACCGUGCUCAGGAUGGCUGUCCAGCACAUGAAAACACUUCGUGGUGCUACAAACCCAUAUACAGAAGCAAACUACAAGCCUGCUUUUCUAUCAGAUGAUGAAUUAAAACACCUUAUUCUCAGGGCAGCAGAUGGAUUCCUUUUUGUUGUGGGCUGUGACAGAGGAAAGAUACUGUUUGUUUCAGAAUCUGUCUUCAAGAUCCUCAACUACAGUCAGAAUGAUUUGAUUGGUCAAAGUUUAUUUGAUUAUCUCCAUCCUAAAGACAUUGCCAAAGUGAAGGAGCAGCUCUCUUCUUCUGACACCGCGCCACGAGAAAGACUUAUAGAUGCAAAAACCGGACUCCCGGUCAAGACAGACAUCACGCCCGGGCCCUCGCGCCUCUGCUCCGGGGCACGGCGCUCCUUCUUCUGCAGGAUGAAGUGCAACAGGCCCUCUGUCAAGGUAGAAGACAAGGAUUUCCCUUCAACCUGCUCAAAGAAGAAAGCAGACCGCAAAAGCUUUUGCACUAUUCAUAGCACAGGCUACUUAAAAAGCUGGCCUCCAACAAAGAUGGGCCUGGAUGAAGAUAACGAGCCCGAUAACGAGGGCUGUAACCUGAGCUGCCUUGUGGCCAUCGGGAGGCUCCAUCCCCACGUGGUGCCGCAGCCGGCCAACGGCGAGAUCCGGGUGAAGCCCACCGAGUACGUGUCCCGGCACGCCAUCGACGGCAAGUUCGUCUUUGUAGAUCAGAGGGCAACAGCCAUCCUGGCAUACUUACCCCAGGAACUUCUAGGUACUUCGUGUUAUGAAUAUUUCCAUCAAGAUGAUAUAGCACAUCUUGCAGAAUGUCACAGACAAGUUCUGCAGACAAGAGAAAAAAUUACAACUAACUGCUAUAAGUUUAAAAUAAAAGAUGGCUCUUUUAUUACGUUGCGGAGUCGCUGGUUCAGUUUCAUGAACCCUUGGACCAAAGAAGUAGAAUACAUUGUCUCCACAAACACAGUGGUUUCCACCACGGUCCUGGAGAGCGGGGACGCGGCGUUUCCGCAGCUGGCGGCGUCCCCACACAGCAUGGACAGCGUGCUCCAGGCUGGAGAAGGUGGCCCCAAAAGGACCCAUCCCACUGUGCCUGGAAUUCCAGGUGGAACAAGAGCUGGGGCAGGGAAAAUAGGGAGGAUGAUUGCUGAAGAAAUCAUGGAGAUUCACAGGAUAAGAGGAUCAUCACCUUCCAGCUGUGGCUCAAGUCCCCUGAACAUCACCAGCACCCCCCCGCCCGACACGUCCUCGCCAGGAGGGAAGAAGAUCUUGAAUGGUGGCACUCCAGACAUUUCUUCAGCUGGGCUGCUGUCCGGGCAAAUCCAGGAUAAUUCUGGGUACCCAUAUUCCGACAACUCCUCUAUCCUGGGGGAGAACUCCCACAUCGGCAUGGACAUGAUCGACACGGAGCAGGGCUCCAGCAGCCCCAGCAACGACGAGGCGGCCAUGGCGGUCAUCAUGAGCCUGCUGGAGGCCGACGCGGGGCUCGGCGGCCCCGUGGACUUCAGCGACCUGCCCUGGCCCCUGUGAGCAGCCAGCAGCCAAGUGCAUUCACUGGUGGGGCUCUGCACUCUGUGACACCCGUGGGACUGAGAGGCUUUUAUGUGGGAACUUCAUAAAAGCUGCGUCAGAAUGCAACUCAUCCUACCAUGUGUAACUUCAGACAAAGUGGAAUAACCUGCUACAGUGUUCUGUGUUGAUUUGGUUAGCUGUGUAUAGCUUGCAAUACUUGUAUAUUUUGGAUUCUGUUGUUUGAAAUUUUUUUUAAAUCACUGUGCAACUCACUGGCAUCAGUGGUAGCUUUUAUAUGCAAAUGACCAUUUCAGAUGUAUGGUGUGUUUUUACACUGCAAAACAGUCCCCAUGUGGAUAUUUCUUAUACUAAUUGUACCAUAAAGCCGUUUAUUCUUUCUUGUAAGAAUCCUUUACUAUAAAUAUUGUUAAAGUGUAAUGUAUUAGACAGUUAAAUAUUUUUAAAAUAAAUGUUUCCCUUGUUCUAAGAUGGAGUAUUUACUUUGAUAAAUAAAUUUGAUAAAACCCUGCUGAAGGUGCAUGCUAGAA